AUGUGCACUCCAACUGACGCGUUAUCCGGGGUCCAGUCUAACUCCUCCACAAUGUCACGGCAUUCGCGUGCACAGCGGCCGAUGCUCGAGUGCAAACCUAUUACCCAAGGCAGCGCCACCGCUCCCUGCGCCAGCGCUGAUACCGAAAGCUUUGACCUCACUCGUGCGUUGUUUCGUAUUGUGCGAAAGGGACGAGUGAGCCGACUGCAGUCGUAUGUUGCAAAAUCCCUCGCCACAGACCAUGUCGUGGGCCCCAGUUUGGUCUCAAACAGCGCCGCUACCGUCUACCUCCUUGCCUCGACUGUCGACUCGCAGGGGAGACGCCUUCUCCACGUCGCCUGUGAGUAUGGCCAAGUGAAAAUGCUCAGGUUAUGGGCUCGAGUCACGUCACCAAUUAACGCAUGCAACCAUGCCUGCGCUGGCUCAGCCCAAGCGAUUGUGUUGGCCAUUCAGUGCACCAUCUUUCACCCCACCUUUUCUCCCUGCUGCAAGGGGGUCUGGCGUAAAACCCUUCCAGUGUACGACGCUGUUGCCUCCUACUACCCAUCCCACAUCUCUUUUCCUUUUGGCUGCAAACUUCUUGGUUGUCUGCUUAAGUCAAAUCUCGAAUUGUUGUAUGUUCGAAACAACGAAGGCCUGUCACCGUCCUACCUUCUGGAGCAACUCUGGCGUCUGGCCUCGCCCAAGGAACGUUCCAAGGGUGAUGCUGUAAGUAGCAAAUCGGACUUUUAA